ACAGCAACCAGUCACAGUCAGUAAAACCCUAUUCUCCUUCAAUGGCGGGAAAGCGAAAAGCGGACGACGAAAACUCUUCCUCAGAAGAUACCUCUUCAUCGUCCUCCUCAGAAGAGGAAUCUUCAUCUCCAGAUGGAGAUGGAGAUGGAGAUGAAGAUUCCUCCUCGUCCGGCUCCGAAUCGUCGUCUUCAUCCGAAGAAGAAGAAGGAGAAGAGGUUCAAAAUAAUGGCAAUGAUUCGUCAAAAAAGCAGAAAGUUGUAAAAAUCUCCGAUGAAGAAGAAGAGGUUCAAAAUAACGACGACGAAUCAUCAAAAAAGGAGAAAUUAAGGGAACUUUUGGAACCCUUGUCCAAGGAUCAGAUUUUAGGGUUUUUAAAAGAAGAGGCCCUAAAGGACCCGUCUAUUCUCUCUCGGAUCGUCGAGAAAGCCGAGUCCGACCCCACCCACUGCAAAAUCUUCAUCCACGGCCUCGCCUGGGAUGCCACCGAGGACCAGCUCCUCCAAGUCUUCGAACCUUUCGGAGAAGUUGAGGAGCUCAAGCUAAUAACUGAUAAGGUUACGGGCCGGGCAAAGGGUUACGCUUUUCUCCUCUUCAAAACUCGGGCUGCCGCCAAAAGUGCGCUGAAUAAUCCUCAGAAGAAAAUUGGCAACCGGACUGUCAGUUGCCAGCUCGCGGUUCUCGGUCCUGCUGCCGGUUCUGCCCCGGCAGGACAGGCUGCCGAGGUUAGUAAGAGGAAGCUCUUUGUGGCUAACGUUGGCCCGAAUGUUAGUGUGGAGAGGCUUCGGGCUUUUUUUGGGAAGUUUGGGGAGAUUGAGGAUGGGCCGUUGGGGUUGGAUCCUUCUACGAACAAGCCAAGAGGGUAUGCGAUUUUCGUGUACAAGUCAGUUGAUGGGUUGAACAAAGCUUUGGAGCAGCCUGCUAAGUUGUUUGAGGGGUCGCAAUUGAAUUGCAAGAAGUUUGUUGAAGGUUUUAACAAUAAUAAUAAUAGUAAGAAUGGUGGUAGCAAGGGCAGUAAUCAACAGCAGAAUCAGGGUGGUGGUAAUCAUGGUUUAGGCAUAAAUCCAGGCUAUUUGGGUUCUGGUUUGAAUGCUGGAGGGAUGUUCAUGCAGCAGAAUCCUGGCAAUGGGUUGGUUGGGAAUCCAAUGCUCGCAGCUGCUUUGAAUCAACCAGGCUUGGCUGUUGCUGCCAUGGCUGGGAUAGGUGGGAAUUUUGGGUUGAAUAAUUUAAAUCCUGGUAUGAUAGGAAACUAUGGACCGCUAGCGGCUUUGCUAGGCCUAGGGGGUUUACAAGGUGCUGAAACGGGGCAGUCUUCUGUAGGAGCAAAUGCAGCUGGAGUAGCGGUAGGGACUGGAUCAGCUCAGCCUCAGUCUGAUAUUGGAUCAUCAAGGAUGACUUUACCUUCAUAGUUCGUACUUUAUUUAGAUGAUUGAGUUUUUCUUCUUUCAUGGAUGUCACAUUCUUUAAAUAGCAUUCACUGCUUUUUGUUCUUAACCUUCUCAGUUCGUAGGGAAGAAAUUUUAGUA